AUGUUGAAUGAAGAAGAUUUAUUUAUUGCAGCAGUCACGAAUGUCAAAGGAAAAAUAAGAAAAUUAAUAAAUUUUCCCAAUUGGUCAUGGACAGACAACAGACGAUUUUAUGAAUCCCAAAAAUUAAUGAAAGCCGGCUGUGGAAGGCUUCAUUGUCUUAUUUCUGUAACUUCAUCACCUGAUACUUAUUUAUGUUCCACCGGUAACAACACAACAGUUCACAAUAACAAGCGAGUGCUUCGUUGA